AUGACGAGAGAUGACCUCUCGCGAUUUAGCUCAGUGACGAGCGCGAGCACCGAUAGCACCGCCUCCGACCUCACCGUCAAGCCACUGCCCGCUAUCCCCAGGCCAAAGGACAAGGACAGAGACAAAGGAAAUGCACAACCCACCGGUCAAGGCUACUCCUCCGCCUCCGCCUUCCCAAAGGGCCUGCGCAAGGCCACCCCGAGGCUAAAGACGGACGAGAAUGGGAACCUAGUCAAGUCCCUCAAAGACUCCAGAGAAGCCGAGUGUCAGCCGCAGAUCUCGCCGACGUCCAGGCAGCCCAACGCCGCCCUUGCCCGUGCUUCUUUGUCGUCAGCCCCUUCGUCUUCCAAUGCCGUACACAGAAUGAGCGACCUUGCCAAUUACCGCCGCGACCUUGCCGUUCUCGAGCCCGCCGGGAGUCGCGCCCCACAGAUCGUACACAACCCCCCGUCGACGGCUUCUUCUUUCAUGCAGCAGGUUGCGCCGUGGAUGGUGGGAGGAGGCAGUAGUAAUGGCAAUAACCCGUCCGUCUCCCCCCCGGCCAACGGCUCCGGCGUCAUGGCCACUACCUUCUACAAUGACUCCAGCGACAACCUCUCGUCCGCCUCGCAGAUGUCUCCUGCCUUUCGAUCCGCCUCGGUCAGUGCGGCGCGCCCCACGCAGAAUCCCACGGGCAGCGAGUCGCCCCCGGCUGAGUCUGCAUCAUCUGCAUACUACAACGAUGAAAGGAGGCCCUCCAUCGCCAGCAUCACCACAACUGCAAGCAGCCAGGCCUCCAAGAAUAGCGGCCAAAGGGGAGGGGGCCUGAGGAAGCUCCAGGGUUUCUUUGGCGAGGAAUUCCCCGGUCGAGACUCUUCAGAGACCUCCCUACCGCCUUCCUUUGCAGGAAAGGAGACCCGCUCACACUCGUACAGCCACGCAUCUCGCCCCCAUCGCGACCGCAACUACUCAAACGCCACAGACCAUACCCGAGAUGCCUCACCAUCCUCAUCUAGACCAAGGACACCAGUGCCAGCACCAGAAGUCGUGCCGUUCCUCUACCAGGAGGCCGAGGAUAUCGCGCGCUACGGCGAAGCACCCGUACGAGGUGUCCUCGCCGGCCCCGACCGUGAACGUUACGCGGCAGAGAACGGCUCCCAGAACCCCCCAAAGACCUCCUCGUCCAACCGCUCUGGUCAUUCGGUAGCCCAAGGCCAAGGAACUUCGCAUCGACACAACAGAAGCAAUGACGACCCGCGAGCCCUGCGGCCAUCGAUAAGCAGGGAAGAAUCGCAGGUCAACGUCGCCAACCCGCCAAAGGGCGGUGCAAACACGAUGUAUGGCUCCCGAUCCCGAGCGCAGAGCCCCACACCCAGUGGCCACAGUAGUCUGGGGAUGAAGAACGGAGGCGUCGACGGGCCUGCAUCACCGGGACACACUCACCAGAAGAAGGGCCUUUUCAACAGAUUAAGGGGCAAGAAAGAAAAGGACGAACUCGGGCCACCGCUCAACAAGAAGCUCUCAACUUCGACACAGUCGCUGGGAUCGACGUGGAUGCCCAGACCGUCGCAAUCGCGCCAGGACGUGACCAGGGACGACGGCCCCUUACCAUAUGGCGAGAGGUGGUCCGCCAUCGGUCAGGAGCUGCCCAUCGAGCCUCAGCAGCAGCGCACACGGCCAGACAAUGGGCGACAGGCAACAUUUAACAACAAGUUCCCUUUCUCCAAGAAAGGCCGGCCCAACAAACAGUUUGACGACGCCGAAGACUAUAUCGGGCCGACUGACCGCUCAAACGAGAAGGGAACCUACUUCAAGCUCGACACUGACCUAGACGACAUGUCAGGCAUUGUGACUCGACACGCACCACUCACGCCGAUGGCCCCGGGUGUCAUGACCAAUAACGAAGCCGAAAAAGUCCAAGCACAAUCAAGAAACGGCGUCAAUGGGGUAUGGAAUGCGCCGGACAGCUGGGCAGUCAGAAAGACAGAACAAGACGUACCUUCUCAUGCAGCGGAACUUGAGGACAUUGGCAAUCCUCCCAGGCCCGAAGAGAAACUCACGCCGUAUUGCAUUCGGGUCUUCAGGUCGGAUGGCACUUUCGCAACGUUACAGAUGGCCAUAGACUCGUCUGUCCAAGACCUCAUUGGCCAGAUUAUCAAGAAAUCAUACGUCACGGAAAGCCUCGACAAUUAUCACAUCGUCCUGAAGAAGCAUGACUUGGUCCGUGUCCUCAAUCAAGUCGAGCGCCCUCUUCUUAUACAGAAGAGGCUUCUUCAGCAAGUCGGGUAUGAAGAACGGGACAGGAUCGAGGACAUUGGCCGAGAAGACAACAGCUACCUAUGCCGAUUUCUCUUCCUCUCAGCCAAGGAGAGUGACUUCCAUGCAAAGACCCACGAUCUUGGCUUCGGUCGGAUGCAGAAGUUCAACCACAUCGAUUUGGCAGGUCGAAACCUGAUCACCAUUCCCAUCUCGCUGUACUCGAAAGCUGCAGAGAUCAUUUCUCUGAACCUGUCACGAAACCUGUCACUCGACCUCCCAAGAGAUUUCAUCCACUCCUGUGUCAACCUCCGCGACAUCAAGUACAACAACAACGAAGCCCGGAAGUUACCGCUUAGCUUUAGCCGUGCCAACAAACUCACAUAUCUUGACGUAUCGAACAACCGACUGGAGCAACUUGAGCACGCAGAACUCAAUGGGCUCACGGGACUGCUGAAGCUCAAUCUGGCCAACAACAGGCUCAAGCAUUUGCCGCCCUACUUUGGAGCUUAUCGCCAGCUGCGGACCUUGAACAUCUCGUCGAAUUUCCUCGAAAAGUUCCCCAGCUUCCUCUGCGAUCUGGAGAGCCUGGUGGAUCUCGACAUGAGUUUCAACCUGAUUAUGAAUUUCCCUGCGAACAUCGGCAGCCUCAAGUCUUUGGAGCGCCUCGUUAUCACCAACAACAGACUCUCCGGUGCACUUCCGGACUCGUUCAAGAACCUCUUGAGUCUGCGCGAGCUCGACGUCAAGUACAACGCUAUCUCGGCCAUUGAUGUCAUAUCGGAGCUCCCGAAGCUGGAGAUCAUGACAGCAGAUCACAACGCUAUCUCGCAGUUCAUCGGGAACUUCGAGAGACUGCGGAGUCUAAAGCUGAACGCAAAUCCGAUCACGAAAUUCGAGAUUACCUCUCCUGUACCCACACUGAAGCUUCUGAAUCUUUCCAACGCGCAACUUGCCAGCGUUGAUGAUUCAUUCCAGAAUAUCCUGAACCUCGAGCGGCUUGUUCUCGACCGGAAUUACUUUGUGUCACUCCCUCCACAGAUCGGUAAUCUGCGCCGCCUAGAACAUUUCAGCAUUGCGAAAAAUUCUAUCGGGGAGUUGCCGCCGGAAAUCGGCUGCCUCCAAGAGCUGAGAGUGCUCGACGUCCGUGGCAACAACAUGAGGAAAUUGCCCAUGGAUAUUUGGUGGGCAAACAAACUGGAAACACUGAACGCGUCCUCCAACGUGCUGGAAUCAUUCCCAAAGCCAGCCUCUCGACCACCACAACCUCCUGGCGAAGCGACAUCCACUGCUCCUUCAAUAACGCUGAAGCCAAGUUCCUCCGGGGGACUGAGCCCUUCUCCUAGUGCGGAUGAUCUACUGCCUGACGGGACGAGGCGGCCAAGUCAAGCGUCCAGUACGCUCUUGAGUGUUGGCCCGUCCCCGGUGCCUGCAGGGCCGGACCGUAAAAGCUCGGUGGUGUCGGUGUAUGGAAAAGGUGGCCGCAAGACGUCUGUGAUGUCAAGAACCACGACGAGCCAAAGCAACAACAACAACAACACCCCGCAAACCCCCAUGCCGACUUCCCGGAAAGAUUCCGGCCUGUCUUCUCGAUUGACCAAUACCUUCGCAGGAUCAUUGAGAUACCUCUUCCUGGCGGACAACCAGCUUGACGAUGAUGUUUUCGACCAGAUAACGCUGUUGAGCGAGCUGCGACUUCUCAAUCUUUCGUAUAAUGAUCUGAGCGACAUGCCUCAGAGGUCGAUCAAGAGCUGGCCGCAGCUCGUCGAACUGUACCUUUCUGGCAAUGAGCUCACAACAUUGCCCGCCGACGAUCUGGAAGAAUUCAACUCACUCCAGGUUUUGCACAUCAACAGCAACAAAUUCACGAACCUGCCUGCCGAUAUUUCCAAGGCGAAAAAGCUUGCCGUGUUAGACUGCGGAAGCAAUUAUUUGAAAUACAACAUUUCAAAUGUGCCGUAUGACUGGAACUGGAAUCUCAACCCGAACCUUCGAUUCCUCAACCUCUCCGGCAACAGGCGCCUAGAGAUCAAACAGACUGUGUUCGGUGCUGCGAAUGCGAACCGCGAACAGUAUACGGACUUCAGCCGACUUCUCAACCUUAGAGUACUUGGUUUGAUGGAUGUUACUCUGAUCCAGCCGAGCAUUCCUGACCAGAGCGAGGACCGGAGGGUCCGGACGUCAGGGUCCUUGGCCGGAUACCUGCCAUAUGGCAUGGCAGACACUCUCGGCAGGAAUGAGCAUCUUUCAACCAUCGAUCUGGUUGUGCCGCGUUUCAACUCGGCAGACACAGAAACCUUGCUUGGUCUUUUCGAUGGUCAAGCACUUUCCAGUGGUGGCUCUAAGAUCGCCAAGUACCUGCAUGAAAACUUUGGACACAUAUUCUCCAUGGAGUUGAAAUCAUUGAAAACCCGACUGAACGAGACACCUGUCGAUGCGAUGCGUCGAGCAUUUUUGUCACUCAACAAAGACUUGGUGACCAUCGCAAUCCAACACACGGAGGACCGGCCACUGACGGCCCACCGUGGGUCGGCACAGCCAGUUGUGCUCAGUAAGGAGGACCUCAACUCUGGUGGCGUGGCCACUGUGGCGUACCUUCAGGGCCAGGAACUUUACAUUGCCAACGUGGGCGACGUGCAGGCCAUGCUGAUCCAGUCCGACGGGGCACACAAGUUCUUGACCCGCAAACAUGAUCCGGCCGAGCCCAGUGAGAGAUCUCGUAUCCGAGAUGCCGGUGGCUGGGUAUCUCGAAACGGGAGGCUGAAUGACUUGCUCGAAGUAUCUCGUGCUUUUGGCUACGUUGAUUUGAUGCCCGCGGUACAGGCUGCGCCACAUGUUUCACAUAUGACUGUCAAGGAGCAAGACGAAAUCAUCCUGAUAGCCACCAAGGAGAUUUGGGAGUACCUGCCGCCGGAGCUCGUUGCUGAUAUCGCACGAGGCGAGCGUCAUGACCUCAUGCGAGCGUCGCAAAAGCUCCGAGACCUCGCCAUGGCAUACGGGGCGACGGGCAAAAUCAUGGUCAUGAUGAUGAGCAUCGCAGAUCUCAAGAAGCGAAACGAGAGAUCACGCCUGCACCGCGGUCAGAGCAUGUCCUUGUACCCCUCCGGCGUCACGGAUGACAUCCUGCCUCGGGAGCCGAGGAAGCCGAAACGAGCGGCGAAGGGCGCCGAUGUCCUGGAUUCUGACUUACGACGGCUAGAGCCCGAGGUGCCUGCGCCGACGGGCCUGAUUGCGAUUGUCUUCACCGAUAUCAAGAACUCGACGAACCUAUGGGAGACGUAUCCGGCAGCCAUGAGAUCUGCUAUCAAACUGCACAACGAUGUCAUGAGGCGGCAGCUGCGCCGAAUAGGCGGCUACGAGGUCAAGACUGAAGGUGACGCCUUCAUGGUGUCGUUCCCAACAGCAACAUCGGCCCUACUCUGGUGCUUCUCCGUACAGAUGCAGCUGCUUGACAUUAAUUGGCCUCAAGAGAUGCUCAACUCGGUCUCAUGCCAGCCCCUUUACGACAAGGACAACAAUCUCAUCUUCCGGGGCCUGUCGGUGAGAAUGGGCACGCACUGGGGCGAGCCGCUCUGUGAGGUCGACCCUAUCACGCGCCGCAUGGAUUACUACGGGCCUAUUGUCAACAAGGCCUCGCGUGUAUCGGCCUGCGCAGACGGUGGGCAAAUCACGGUUUCGUCCGACUUCAUAUCGGAGAUACAAAGAUGUCUGGAGACGUACCAAGAGCCCGUCAACAGUGUUGAAGACACCCUCGAGGACGACAGUUUUGCGCUGGCAGUGCGCAAGGAGCUGCGAUCGCUGAGCUCGCAAGGCUUCGAGGUCAAGGAGAUGGGCGAAAAGAAGCUCAAGGGCCUCGAGAACCCCGAGGUGGUCUACUCGCUGUACCCGCAUGCGCUGGCCGGCCGCAUCGACCAACACCUGCUCCACGAAAAGCAGGUGUCUGGAGAGGCGGAGAAGUCGUUACCGGCAACUGUAGCACAGGGCGGCGAGCUCGCCUUCGACCCCGAAGUGAUAUGGGCACUGUGGCGGGUUAGUCUCCGGCUCGAGAUGCUCUGUAGUACUCUUGAGGAGGGCUCGGACCGCGGUCUGCAGCCUCCCGAGACGGAGCUUCUGGACCGCAUGAAGCAGAGGGGCGGCGAGGUCACGGAGCGGUUCCUGGUCAACUUCAUGGAACACCAAGUAAGCCGCAUAGAGACAUGUAUCUCGACGCUGACCAUGCGACACCUCGCCGCGGGUGGCGGGCAGAUCGCGAAGCUCGAUGACCUGCGAGCGCCCAUGACCAAUGUGCUGGACAUCAUAGCCGAGUCGAUGGCGGAGCUGCAGCGAUACAAGGACCAGUUUGGCGAGCUCGACGAGAUGGUGUCGGUCCAAGACAUCUCGGGCAGUGAUACGGAGUAG